UCCCAAUGUCCCCCUCCGCUCACAUCAAUCUCUGCAGCCAUUAUCAACCGCUGUGGGACCGGCACCGGGGCAGGCCGCUUCCGACUGGGUUUUGGGUCAGUCAGAGUGCAGAGUAAAGGCGAAACACAAAAUCAAAAUGCGGCCUGACAGCGUCUGUGCAGAAAUAAACGGAGUUCAUAUCUAACCAACAGAAGUCACCUUCAGAACAUUAGAGCAGAUCGUGGUCUCCGUUUGGGACGCCGAUUUGAUGACAGCGGUUCCAUUUCUGAGCACAACACGCGAGCAAAAUCCUCUCCUGUUUGCAAACGGCUGGAUGUGCGUACAGCCUAUCUCAGUUCCCAAAACAAAGGAUGGUUGUCUAAAGAGACCAUCGACGAUUCAGGAUUCCUAUACUUUGCAACUCACUCCCUGACUCAGCCAACAUAGCAACUUGCUGACGUGUCACACUUUGUGCAGAAACCACAACCUGGAUUAAACGCACUUCACUUAUGGAAGUAAAGGCUGUUCGCGCCGUCGCGGCCGGUAGUGAAGCCCCAAAGGAGCCUUUACUCUGACAAAACAAUCUUUCAAUUGAUGCCGAGUCAUCAUGAGUACGACAGAUGAUUGACAGUUUCUCCACACAUGUCCCGCCCUCUAUCUGGUUUCCCAUUGGUGGUCUUUAGCGUAAGAGUUGUGUGAAUGUUGGCACGGACAAUCAGAAAUCCACAUCUGAUUGGCUUUAGGAACUGUCAUUCUGCUGUCCUCUGUUCCUGUUGGUGGCCGGUGUUGUCACUCAAUGCGCAUGGCGCUGGUUGGCUGGAGAUGGGUGGGAGCUGUCAUCGUGUCUCUGAGAGGGAGCGGGACCAUGGCCUGCUGAGGAUCGAAUCGACAGGGAGUUCACAGAGGACGGAUGCCAAAGAAAGCGAUUUAUUCUCAAACAGAGCUGAGAAUGGACCCAACCUGAAUGGACACAAAAUGACCCCACUCCACAGUGCAACCAAUUUCAGCUUCUUUUCCUGAGAAGCAAUGAUCUGCAUACAGUGACGGUAGAGAAAUGUCGAUGACAACCGGGUGCCCGGCAGAAGUGAUGCCAUCACAGAAUGCUAGUCGCUACUUCAGUUACACACUAGAAAGCCACACGGUGGAAGCUUUUAAAAUAAUGAAUGAGAUACGCUUAAACAAGCAACUCUGUGAUGUGACACUUCAGGUGAAGCACAAUGCUCUGGAAGAGGAGUUUGUUGCACACAAGAUUGUUCUUGCCUCCUGCAGCCCUGUUUUCAAGGCCAUGUUCACCAAUGGUUUGAAAGAAUGUGGAAUGGAGGUUAUACCCAUUGUGGGCAUUCAUCCUAAAGUAAUGCAACGCUUGAUCGAGUUUGCAUACACAGCUAGUAUUACGGUGGGAGAGAAAUGCGUGCUACAUGUAAUGAAUGGAGCAGUGAUGUAUCAGAUAGAUAGUGUUGUUAAAGCAUGCUGCAAAUUCCUAGUGGAACAAUUGGAUCCUAGUAAUGCCAUUGGUAUCGCCUCAUUUGCUGAGGAAAUUGGCUGCCAAGAGUUGAGUGAAAAGGCAAGAGAGUAUAUAUAUCUGCAUUUCAGUGAGGUAGCAAAACAGGAAGAAUUCUUCAACCUUACACAAUGCCAACUGGUCAGCCUAAUCAGCCGAGAUGAGUUGAACGUGCGCUGUGAGUCUGAGGUCUAUCAUGCUUGUAUAGAAUGGGUAAAAUAUGACUGUGAAAACAGACAUCCAUAUAUCCAUGCAUUGCUGAAUGCAGUAAGGUGUCAUUCUCUGACUCCAAAUUUCCUGAAAACACAACUGCAGAAGUGUGAAAUACUCCGAAUGGACUCCAAAUGUAAAGAUUACCUUGUGGAAGUCUUUAAGGAGCUAACACUGCACAAACCAACCAAGGCCUGUCCUUGCAGGUCACCAAAUGUUCCUCAGUUAAUGUACACAGCUGGAGGCUAUUAUCGGCAAUCACUGAAUUUUCUGGAAGCUUACAAUCCUUUGGAGAACUGUUGGAUCCGAUUGACAGAUAUGCCUUUACCGCGGAGCGGUUUAGCUGCUUGCACCGUUCAUGGACUCUUAUAUGCAAUAGGAGGAAGAAAUAAUUCGCCAGAUGGCAAUACUGAUUCAAAUGCAUUGGACUGUUACAAUCCUAUGAACAAUCAGUGGUCCCCCUGUACGCCAAUGAAUGUUCCCAGGAACAGGGUUGGAGGAGGCGUGAUAGAUGGAAUGAUCUAUGCUGUUGGUGGAUCUGAAGGUUGUAUCCAUCACAAUUCUGUAGAAAGAUAUGAUCCAGAGAAGGACCAGUGGGAAUUUGUGGCUUCGAUGUCAACCAGCAGAAUUGGUGUUGGUGUUGCAAUAGUAAAUCGCCUUCUGUAUGCAGUUGGUGGCUUUGAUGGAACAAAUCGUCUCAAUUCAGCAGAGUGUUAUCACCCUGAAGACAACAUGUGGAACACCAUUGCACCAAUGAACACUGUUAGAAGUGGGGCAGGUAUCUGUGCACUAAAAAACUAUGUUUACGCAAUUGGAGGAUAUGAUGGUGUAAACCAACUAAACAGUGUGGAGCGAUAUGACAUUGAAACGGACAGAUGGACGUAUAUAGUGCCAAUGAAACACAAGCGCAGUGCUCUAGGAGUAACAGUUUAUCAGGGCAAAAUUUAUGUGCUUGGUGGCUAUGAUGGACAAGAUUUCCUCAGUAGUGUGGAGUGCUUUGAUCCAGACACUGGUCAAUGGACAGAAGUGACCCAGAUGACCUCUGGCAGGAGUGGUGUUGGUGUGGCUGUGACAAUGGAACCGUGCAAUUUGGUUCGGCGCUAACGUUCUCAAUCUCCAGAUCAACCUCCAAUCUUAACAGUUCUCCUGGAUUUUACAGUGCAGUUUUUGACAGACUGUACUGGCAUUUGCUGUAAAUCUCUAUUUCACCUAUGCAGUCAAAUCACAUGAGCAGUUUUUAAAAAAAAAUUUUGCACUUCGUUUUGCCAUAAAUCAGAAAAUUUUGUAUGAACUCCCUUAAUUUGACAUUUAGUAACUGAUGAACAUAAAUUCUGAAUCUCUCAACCAGUCCAAUUAGAGUGCUUAAUGAAUACUUGUUAGAUAUUCACAGGUGGGUUUGUGUUGCAGAGCUUGUCUUGCUCACCAAUCUGAAAUCUACAGUGUUUAUCACCUAUUCCCAAAGACAAUUUCCAUGUUCUAAUGAGGAUGGCAUCUUGUAACAAUAUGCUAAUUACCUAAAUUAAUUAACUUUGAUAUUUGUAAUUACCCACUUCUUGAACAGCAUGCACUAAAUAACCGUAAUAGAUGAGCAUAUGGUAGUAAAUUGGAGCACAAGUCUCUGUUCCAUGUGAGAGUGCAGAAUCCAGGUCGGAUUACAUUAGCUACACAGUUAGAGGAGGGGCAGGGGGAUGGGCACAGGAAGGAACAUCCAUUUAAAAGAUUUUCUCCUUUUGCUCACCACAUCUGGUUUCUCUUGUGCUCUGUACUGAGAAGGGGCUGUAUGGAAUUUAACUGUGUCAGUUUGCCGGUGCCAUAACAGAUUAUUUUGCACUAGUAUUUGUGUAAAAAUUUCCAAAAGAAAUAAUUGAAUCCAUUCUAACACAAUGAACAUCAGUGACUUAAUUUCUAAGACAGUAUUUUUAAUAAAAUGUGUUCACUUUAAUAAACAUUGUAUUUAAUAAAUAUA